AUGGCCGGUCUCUUCGUUGCAGGAGCCAUUGCAGCUCAACCCAAAGUAUCGGCCUUUGCCGACAAGCUCAAGGCAAAGCGACAGGAGAGGAAGCAGCUGCAACGGGACGUAGAGGGUGAGGGGGUGGCGGGAUCUUCCUCCUUGUCGCCUUCGCGCGCAUCAGCUUCUGUCUCAUCAGCUGAUGUCCUUCACGUCCUCGCCCUGUUUCUUGCUGCGAGAAAGUUGCGGGACGAGGCUAAGCAAAGGACAACAGCGGCGGGGUCGGAGCUUACCACUGGCCCGGCGCAAGGCGAUGUGCAUCGACCCGAGAUCGGGAGAGGUGAGAGCGAAGCAAGCUUGUCAAGCCCAGUCGAGGAUGGGACUGGUGCUUUGCCAGCGUAUGGGCGACCAGCACAGACACCGAGGUUCCAGGACACUGGGGAUGGCCUGGACUUGCCACCAGCAUACAGCGCAGAGCGUCCCCUCGCCGAGCUCAACGAUCUGGGCUUGCUUUGGUCAGCGAUGAUCGCGCAGAGCAUGGCAAGGCUCGAGGCGUACUGCAUCAACGUGCUUCCGCCGUCAGGCUCAGCAGCAUCCUCCUCGUCACCAUCGCAGCGAGAGCCACCCUCCGAUGUCAUGCCUCCAGCAGACGUCUAUACGGCUUGGGCCAGCAUGAUGGCUGGCUCGGCAGCUGCGCAACCAGCACGACAAGGCAGCCCUCUGAGCAAGCUCAGCUCGUACAGCCUGCCACUACAGCGCCUGGGCGAAUCUGCCACGUUCAAUGAGAAGGCUCAAACAAGCUGGGAGCGAGAAACGAAGCUAUCCUACCGCCUCGGCGAUGUAGGCACCUCCUCCGACUCCCUCUUUCGCGGCCUGCGCGUGCGCUGUCCCUCUCCUCGCUGCGACUUUGCCGCCUUUGUCCCUUUUGCGGCUGCAGGUACCUCCCUCGACUCUCCAGGUCCAUCAUCUCAGCGAGGCCUCGUACAACGCCACUGGCGGCGACGGUGUCAAGACUGCGGUCAAGAGGCUAGCAUGGACACGCUCGUUGGACGACGCCUUCUUGAGGACAUCCAGGCGUGGUGCGAGGCAAAGGCAGGGUAUGGCGCUGUGCCUUUUGCGGGCUUGCUCUACGACGAGGAGAGCGGAGAGCUGGACGCCGUAGGAGCCGACGUUGUAGCUAGCCAGUUAUUGACACCCCUUUUCAGGCCAGCGCUGAGCGAGGAAAGGCAGCGACGCAAUGAGGCUUUAUUGGCCGAUGGGACGCUAGGUAGCGAGCGACCAGGCACGUCCAAUUCUCUCGGUGCAGCGAUGCGCCAAGCCGCGUCCACUACCCUAGCUACCCAACCAUAUGCCCUCGGCUCACAGCUCAGCUGGUCAUUCGAAUCCAUUUGCACCUGGCUGCGCGAUCAUACUCUCCUUGUCAACCCCAUGCCAGCGCUCGCCGGCUCCAAGGAGGCAGGCAUGCCCAAUGAGCACGCCUCUGUGCCGGACCAUAUGGGCGGAGGCUUCUCGGCCGGGGGGCUUAACUUCACGGUUGACAGUCCGUACGAGGAGGAUGAAUCCAAGCCGGCUGCGGUGCAAGCAAGGGAGAAGAGGGAGCGACUCUUGGCGUUUGUUGAUCGGCUUUUGGCCCCUUACCAAAUGCUCAAGGAGGAGGGACAACCGAGCGCUGAAGGCACCCUAAGCCCAGCGAGAAAUGAAAACGCCCCCACAGCAUGGACAGAUGUGGUGCUAGGCGUACGCCGACCGUUCAAGCGGCUCUUGACGAUGGGAAAGGAGGUGGAGAGCUGGCACGGCAGGCAGGACGACUUUCCUCGAACCGCUGCGGCUGCGUACGAGCGAACGCUCGCACAACUGCGCUCUUCGCGAUCACGCGCUCGUCAGCCACCGUUCAGGCGUGAGGCGUUGUCCAUCAAGGAGGUCGAAGAGGCGCUGACAUCUCGCGGCACGCCCAUCGAGGUGCGAUGCGCUCAUCUAGCUCACGAGCUUGGGUCUGCGGAUGGGUAUGCGGCUGACAUGAUGAAGGCGGUUGGCUGUGUGCCUCGAGGGGCAGCGCUACGCUAG